UGAUUUCCGUUGCAAACCAAAACCCUCUCACAUCAAAGCACCCCUCUCUUCUGUAUCUUCACCAUGUGAAAGUGAAACCCCCUUAAUUUACAAAUUACAGCCCCUCCCUCUUCAUCUCUCUAGUUCUGUACACACACCGCGGCACAUACUUCGAUAUACUCUCAUAUAUACGUAUAUACAUAUACGUAUCAACCGAUUGUAGUCAUCAUCUUCAGCUUGAUUCAGGGGAGUGUGCAAGCUGGCACCAUUGCAUGCUCUCCCAAGAAACUUUACUCUUUAAAACCCCAAUUCAUUUUCCUCAACUUUUCACUCUAAUUUCUUAAUUUUGCUGUUGUGGGUUUUGUCGGUUUAGGUUUGAUUUCGUAGAUCUGUCGCUUCUGUGCCCUGAAUCUGGCCCUAAUAUGAAACUGGUUCAAAAAGAUUCAGAGAAGAUCAUAUGGGAUCAGAUGAGAACCCACGCUUCGAACAAUACAUCACCCAUUUUGUCAAAUCGGGUCGGCAGUGGGUUACCCAAGCUUAUGCUGUAUCUUAUCUCUUUCGUCUGUGCAACUUACCUUGUUUACACUCUCAAGCUUCUCAACACCCCUAAUUUGCCUUGUGGCGAACAUGAUUUGAUAUUUUCUUCUCGUGCUUCGUCACAGAACGUUACGCUUACGCCGGCGAUCGUUGCACCGGAGAAAACGGAGCUCAAACACAUUGUUUUUGGCAUUGCAGCGUCGGCAAAGCUCUGGGAGAAACGGAAGAAUUACAUCAAGUUGUGGUGGAAGAAAGAGGCGAAAAUGAGGGGGAUUGUGUGGUUAGACAACCCAGUCAAAACCCAACCUGAUGAUGGUCUGCCGCCGUUAAAAAUUUCCGGCGAUACCGCGCAUUUUGCUUAUAAGAACAAACAGGGUCACCGGUCGGCGAUUCGGAUAUCCAGGAUUAUUUCGGAGACGAUACGAUUAGGGAUGGAUAAUGUAAGGUGGUUUGUAAUGGGGGACGAUGACACAGUGUUCAUUACUGAUAAUCUUGUUAGGGUUUUGAACAAGUACGAUCACAAUCAAUAUUACUACAUCGGAAGCUUGUCGGAAAGUCAUCUCCAGAACAUAUACUUCAGCUACGGUAUGGCGUACGGCGGCGGCGGUUUUGCUAUCAGCUAUCCCUUAGCUAAAGCUCUGGAGAAGAUGCAAGAUCGGUGUAUUCAGAGGUAUCCCGGACUGUACGGCUCCGACGAUCGGAUGCAGGCGUGUAUGGCUGAGCUCGGUGUGCCACUCACCAAAGAACUCGGCUUUCACCAGUAUGACGUGUAUGGAAACUUAUUUGGGCUACUUGCUGCACACCCGGUGACACCAAUAGUCUCGUUACACCAUCUUGAUGUAGUCGAACCAAUCUUUCCUGAAGUGACACGUGUCGAGGCUCUAAAAAGACUAAUGCUACCAAUGAAACUGGAUUCGGCUGGACUUAUCCAACAAUCCAUUUGUUAUGACACCUCAAAAAGUUGGACAGUUUCGGUUUCUUGGGGAUUUGCAAUUCAAGUUUUUAGAGGAAUCAUGUCCCCACGUGAAGUCGAAAUGCCUUCUAGAACUUUCUUGAAUUGGUAUCGAAGAGCGGAUUAUACCGCGUACGCAUUCAAUACGCGUCCGGUUGCUAGAAACCCGUGUCAGAAACCGUUUGUGUUUUAUAUGACAAAAGUGCGGUUGAAUUCGACUACGAAUGAGACCGUGAGUGAAUACACGCGUCAUCGUGUCCCUCAUCCUCCUUGCAAAUGGAAGAUGUUGGAUCCUUCGAUUCUUGAUAAAGUUGUUGUUUAUAAAAGACCGGAUCCGCAAUUAUGGGAUAGGUCUCCGAGGAGAAAUUGUUGUAGGGUUUUGGAGUCGAAGAGGAAAGGGUUGGUUGUGGAUGUUGGGUUAUGUGGUGAAGGGGAGAUAAGUGAAGUAGAAUAACAAAAGCAAAAACCCAUGGAAAGACUUUUGUUCUUGUCUUGUUUUCUUGUAAGGUACUUUCUUUUUUUUUAUUUCUUUAUGUUUAUUUUUAGCAUAAGUUCUUAAUUUUUCAAUGCGUUUAGCUUAUUAUCGUAUAUGAGUUCUUUGUUCUUUUCAAGUUCGCUGACACAAUAGAUUAGGAAUUAUGUCAAUGUAUAAACUUUUGUCGCUUACACGCAAUAAAACACGAUUAUUGAGUGCA